AUGGCGUCCUCGCUGUCACCAAACCAGUCCCACUCCAGUUUUGGCGGCGGGGCCGACAAGAGCCCCUUGUCCACAUUGAAUCUUGGUAUCCUCAAGUCGCUGACUGACAAGAGGACCACAAGAGUCGAUGGACAGCCGCCAAAACGCCGUGGGCCCAAGCCAGACAGCAAACCGGCCUUGACGCGACGACAAGAAUUAAAUCGCCAAGCUCAACGAACUCAUCGUGAGCGAAAAGAGCUAUACAUCAAGGCUUUAGAGGACGAGGUGCUUCGCCUGAAAGAAAUAUACAGCAAUGUCUCUCAGGACAAGAACCGGCUCGCAGAGGAGAACCGGCAACUCAAAACUAUCCUGACCCAGAAUGGCAUGGGCGUGGCGACCGGGACCGGCGGUGGCGGCGGCAUGCUUGACGACUCGAUGAGUACUCUGAGUGUUGGAUAUACGUCGAGCGCGAGCAUGUCGGGAAGCUACGCGCCAGGGUCCAGUCACACGAGCGCCUUCUCGCCGCCGCCCCUAUCUGCCACGACAAAUGCCGGGCAUAUGGGCGGCAGCGGCGGAGGUGGCUUGUCGCCGCAGGCCGGAAGUCAUUCCCUCGGUCACCACCACCACCAUUCUGGGCAAGGAUAUGCGGGAGCGGGCACUGGAGCCCAGCUGGGCCAAAAUCCCAACAUGGAUUAUGACCAAGCUGGCAUUGAUUUCGUGUUAACUCUCGAGAAACCCUGCAUGGACCACAUGCCGUGGCUGCUGGAGCGAGGUAGCCAAGUCGGGGGCAACGAGCCAUGCGGGCACGCUCUCAUGGCCUCGUGUCCGCCCGAGCCAUUCCCCGAGUUAACACCCGAUAUUCCCUUUGGUUACAGCAACGUGCGUGCCGAUGCCGCUCCCGGCACCAGCGGAGGGGUCAACACCGUUGAAACAGGCCAGCGAACCUGGGAGCUAAGCAAAGGCGACCUCGCUACUCUGCUCGACCUGAGCAAGCGCCUCAACCUAGACGGCGAGAUCACUCCUGUCAUGGCCUGGGGCAUGGUCCUCGCCCACCCGAGGCUGGGCGAGCUGAAGGUGGAUGACUUUGCGAGGAUGUCAGAGGAACUCCGGGGCAAGGUCCGAUGCUACGGUUUCGGUGCCGUGAUGGAGGAGUUUGAGGUACGCGAUGCUAUUGAGAACGUUUUGUCGACCAAGCCGGAAUUUGGUCUUGGAUAUUGA